AUGGAUGACCACAAACCCACCGAAACGUUCGUGGAGGUGGCGUCGCCCGACGGCCAGCCACAGGACGACAAGCAGCUCAAGCCCGAGCCACGCCUCCUAGGGGCCGUGAAGCUGGUGCACGAGGGUGAGAUCGUGCUCGUGCCGCAACCAACAGCGGAUCCACGCGACCCACUGAAUCUCCCCGACUGGCGGAAGUGGUUGAUCCUGUUCAUCGUGGCACUCUACGCAAUGACCGGAAACCUCCUCGCCAGCGGCAUCGGAGUGAUGGUACCCCUACUGAACACGUACUACGACAACGACCGCCGGGUCAACGACCUGGUGACCUGGCCCUCGUUCUACAUGGGGCUGGGCAAUCUGAUCGCGAUGCCGAUCGCGGACACCGUGGGCCGGCGCCCGGUGUACCUGGCCUCGAACGUGAUCCUCAUCGCCGGCGGGAUCUGGUGCGCCGUGUCCCGCGAUCUGGGGUCGCACAUCGGGGGCCGGGACUUCAUGGCGCUGGCGGCGGGCCAGAGCGAGGCGCUGUGCGUGCUGAUCGCGGAGGAGACCUUCUUCCUGCACCAGCGGGGCAACCGGAUCGCGUGGUUCUGCUCGCUGCAGACGCUGGGCACGGCGGGGUUCAUCAUCGCGAGCUCGUACCUGACGAACGCGCUGGGGUGGCGCUGGUGGUACGGGAUCUUCACGGUUGUCAGCGGGGUGACCUUCGUGCUGAGCGUGGUGUUCGUGACGGAGACCAAGUAUGAGCGCAGCGCGGCCAGUCUGUCCGGCCUCCCCGACUCCCCCAGCGCAACCCCGCUAACCGCGCGCCAACACCGCACGCGGGCCCUCGACCGAACCCCAACCCCAACCCUCACCACCACCGACCUCCUCCCCUGGUGCCCCACCUUAACCCCCAACUACCGCCGCAUCCCGCAAUUCUACAAGCACCUCCUCCAGCUAACAAUCAUCCCCAACAUCUUGUGGCUGAUCCUCACGACCGGCGCAUUACUAGGAACCUACAUCGUGAUGUCCGCGGUCUUCGCGCCCGUGCUCCUGGCCCCGCCCUACUCCUUCUCGCCCAACAACCUGGGCCUAGUCAUGGGCUCGCAGGCCAUCGUGGCCUUCGUGGUGCAGCCCCUCGCCGGCACGCUCAGCGACUACAUCCUCACGCAGUACGCCCAACACCACCCGGCGGGCCACAGCAACCCGGAAUCCCGCCUGCUGCCGGCCAUCCUCCCGUUCGGCGUGGCCAUCGCCGCGUGCAUCAUCUUCGGCAAGUCGUGCGCGUACCCCGCGGAGUGGAGCUGGGCCGGGGUGGUGGAGGGCAUGAACGCGCUGUUCUACAGUUUCGUGAGCAUCGUGGUCACCGCGUUCGUGUACAGUAUGGAUUGCUAUCCGCGCCGCGGGCAUGUGGCCAUGGUGGCGCUGUGUGCCGGCCGCGGGUUUAUUGGGUUCGGGAUCAGUUUUGGGACCAGUGCGUUUGUGGACAGGGUCGGGUAUGAUGGGGCGUUGGAGGUUUGCGCGGUGGUGGUGGGCGUGUUGGCCGGGUGUGGCGUGGGGUUGUUUUUUUGGGGCGCGUGGGUUAGGCGGGUUAUGGCCAGGUGGGUGGGGGAUGUGUAG